UGAAGACCCUGACCCAGGCCCGGGAGUGCCAGUGUCCCUCCCCAUGGGGCUGUGCUUCCCGUGUCCCGCGGAGUCCGCCCCGCCAUCCCCGAGCCCGGAAGAGAAAAGAGCAAAGCUGGCAGAGGCAGCAGAAAGAAGGCAGAAAGAGGCUGCAUCUCGGGGGAUUUUGGAUAUUCAAUCAGUGGAGGCAAAGAGGAAGAAGAAAGAACAGCUCGAAAAGCAGAUGGAAUCAUCGGGGCCACCAGCAGGUGGACUGAGGUGGACGGUGUCAUGAAACAUUGCCUACUGCGGGAGAGUCAUGCCACUAACUCCAGCAUCUGCAGUGGGACGGAGCUCAGCUGAGUGUUUCUUCUUCCCACUGAUGGAGAGCUAGACUUUGUAUCGUUAGUGCUCUUGAGAGCAGUGUGUGAAAACCAUACUAAAAAUAUUGGUAAAAUUUUUGAUUUUCAAACUUA